GAAAGAAUUUUUGUUAUAUAAAUCUUCUUAAGAAAUAAGAAGCUUUCAUUUGGCGGGAAAAUGUCCUUAAAGUCCUUCCCUUUUUCUCUUAUCCAAACUAUAAAUAUAAAAACCCUAAUCCCUUCUUUCUCUCUCCUCACAAACACUUCAAUUCGGUUCAUUUCCACACUCAGCUCCGUCGAAAUCUCUCCCACCUUCCGCCCUCAGAUGAUGUCUGUGUUGAGAAAUUAGGUUUGGAGAGAAAAAGUUUGGUAUAAGUGAUUAUUGGGUUUUUGAGACGAAUUUUGUUUAUCGGUGAAGAUGGGUGAUGCAUUUGAUGAUGAAGUAGAGGUAGAGCAAACAGUUUCCAUUCAAGAGUAUCUUAAGGACGUUGAAGAACGGGAGCUGGAAGCGGAUUUGGUUUUAGGAGGUGAUGAAGGGAAGGAGUGUACGUACAAUAAUGGUUACAUGAAGAGACAAGCAAUUUUCUCAUGCUUGACAUGCACCCCAGAAGGGAAUGCUGGAGUUUGCACUGCUUGCAGUUUAUCUUGCCACGAUGGCCAUGAUAUUGUGGAGCUAUGGACAAAAAGGAACUUUAGGUGUGACUGUGGAAAUUCAAAAUUUGGAGAGUUCUUUUGCAAGCUUUACCCAAAUAAAGAUGUUGAGAAUGUUGAGAAUUCUUACAAUCAAAAUUUUAAAGGCUCAUACUGUACAUGUGGCCGGCCUUAUCCUGAUCCUGAGGUUGAAGCUGAAGACCAAGUUGAGAUGAUACAGUGUUGUAUAUGUGAAGACUGGUUCCAUGAGGAGCAUCUUGGUCUUGAAUCUUCUGAUGAGGUGCCUAGAGAUGAGGAAGGCGAACCGUUGUAUGAGGAUGUCAUAUGUGGGGCAUGCUCCAUUGUUUGUUCUUUUAUAAGGCUAUAUCCUCGAGCCGUAUGGGCAGUAGAGAAGCAGAAUACUGACAGUGUUAGUGUAAGCAAGGACAAAAAUGUUGUGGAAGAUACACAAUCUGGCUGUAAAUCUGAAGAGAUGGAAAAUAAGACAUCUCCCGAAAAGGAUUGUAAGCUGGUUUCUGCCAAAUCUGAAUCUGUUCCUUGUGGGGAGGGUUUACAAAAAGGGGAAAAUUCUGGAAAAGACAAAGAUUUAAAGCCUGCUGUGGAUGCAGUUUGUGCUCUUGGUGUUGAUUUACUGGUUACUGCCAUUGACUCAGAGAGGAAGCCAAUGUUUCUUUCGAAAAGCUGGAGGGAUGCUCUUUGCAGGUGUGAAAGAUGUAAUGAUUACUGCAAACAAAAGGGCAUUGGUUUUCUUCUUGAUAAGGAGGACUCAAUUGCAGAAUAUGAAAAAAUGGGAAAGCAAAAGAGGGAAGAGAAGUUGCAGAAACAAGAGGGAGCUGAGUUAAGUCUACUUGAAAAUCUUGGUCAUGUAGAAAAAAUGGAAAUUCUGAAUGGUAUUGCUGAUAUGAAGGAUGAAAUUCGCACUUUCCUGGAAUCUUUUGAUUCUUCGAAGCCAAUUACUUCUGACGAUGUCCACCAAGUGUUUGAGAAUCUAGCAAAGAAGCGCAGACGUGAAUAGUGAGUUAUUAUUAUUACAAUAUUAACUAAUGUUCUAUGGAUAUGUUAAUCGAAAUGUUCAAUGCUCGAGACUAGACUUAGUCCAGAUUCAGAAACAUUAAGAAAAGCUGUUCGUGUUUAAGGCUUUUCUUAAGCAGACUGCUUUUUCUUCGGUGUAACAGUUUAUUCCAUGUACUUAUUUUAUGAAGGACCUAAAGAGUCAUUUUAGGCAUGCCUAAUUCAAUUGCUGAAAA